CACUUCUUGACACACAUACCGCAACCAAUGCACAGCUCCUCUGAAAUGACAGAAAUCUUGGACGAGGGCCAGACGUCAAUGCACAGCUUGCCCAUUUUGUUGACAGGGCACACGCGCUUGCACUCCUGCCGGCACUUCUUGGGCCGGCACUUGUCGGCGCUGACAAUAGCGAUACGCUGGUUCUUCUCC